UUUAUGUAUUUACUUUUAUUUGUUUUGAUAUGAUUUUAAUUAUUUUGUAUUGUUAAAUAUCGCUUUGUUACAGUGUUUGAGAUAAUAAUAAUAUGUUUUAUUUACCUACAUGUGUAUGUACUCGUCAAAACAAAGUUACAAAGUGCUUCACAAAUAAAAGAAAACACACAAGUAAGAAUACAUACAAACAAAUAUAGUCAUACAUGAAUAAAUAGUAUCACUACAUUUUAAGCAAGACAAAAAUAAUACAAAUUAGAAUUAGGUAAAAUCUGGGAAUAAAGUACGAUAACGAUAAAUAUAUAUAAUUUUAAUUAAUUUAAGAAGAAGGAAAAUUGGGGGGGGAUUUCAUAAUCCUACUCUUGUGUAUGAAAAACUAGACAUAUAAUUAAAUCACAACAGGGUUCAUCAUUUUUGUUUUGUCAAAUUAAACCAAUAUAAUAUUAUCGUUAGAAAUAGAAGCUGGGAAUUAUAUGAUUUUUUGUGGUUUACAUUUAUGAAUCAGCCCAGAAUUUAUUUAGCACUUCACAUGACGACGAAGUCCCGCCCACAUCGUGUCUCUGAUUGGCUGAGGUUGACACAUGAAGGGUGGUGAUUGGUUAACACUCAGGAAGUAUCUGCACCCCCUCUAAUCACACCUGUGUUUACGUGAAGCGUGCGUGUUGUCAACAUGUCCACUCUUCGCUUCGGGCAGCACCUGAUCAAGGCCUCGGCGGUCUUCCUGCAGACGGAACUCAGUUUCGCUCUGGUCAACCGGAAGCCCGUGGUGCCGGGGCACGUGCUCGUGUGCCCGCUCCGACCCGUGGAGCGGUUCCGGGACCUCCACCCGGAGGAGCUGGCGGAUCUAUUCAAAACCACCCAGCUGGUCGCGGACCUGGUGGAGAAGCACUUCAGCGCCACCUCGCUCACCAUCGCCAUCCAGGACGGUCCCGAGGCCGGACAGACCGUGAAGCACGUCCACGUGCACGUGCUGCCCCGGAGGGAGGGCGACUUCCAGAGGAACGACAGCGUCUACGAGGAGCUGCAGAGACACGACCGGGAGAGUGAGGACGCGCCCUCCGGGUGGAGGUCGGAGGAGGAGAUGGGAGCGGAGGCUGCGGACCUGAGGAGGAGGCUCCUGCAGAGGACAUGACCUGACUCUGACCACAGGACCAGGGAUGGAACUCCUCAUGUUAACGUGGAACAAUGUUCACUCACACCUUCAUUCGUUUGUGUUGCUGCAUGCAUGUGUUAAGAGAUAAACAAACAUGCUUUAUUAUCAGGCUUUUGAAGUUUUAUUCAAAGUUCAUGAUUCAUAAGUUCCCUUUUUCAGCAAAUAUCUGUUAUUGUCAGGAGUAAAAAUCCAAAUGAAGUUUAAUUUCCUGGCAAAUAUCCUUUGUCGUCAGGGAUGUGAUUUAAAAAAUCUAAAUAAACAAAAAAGGUUGUAAUUUUUCCCCCAGCAAAUAUUUCUUAUUGUCAGCCACGUGACACAAAACCAAUCAACAAUUUCCAUGUGUUUCUGUACAGUUGUUAUUGCUGACUUGAUGAUUUCUCGUGUUUUCUAGUUAAACCGUGUAAAAUAAAAUCUCUGAAAUUAAACUGAGAA